CCUCUGGUCGCGAACAUUCCGCCGAACCGCAUUCUUCCGACGUGAGUGGGCAUUCCUCUUGGAAAGCGUCAUAAUUGAUUGAACCGAGUAACACCCACGGCAUAGCUAGUUGGCCCCAUCAUGGAGGAAGGGAUCCUGUCAAAAUGGACCAAUGUCAUGAAAGGCUGGCAAUUCCGAUGGUUCGUCCUGGACCAAGUGCAGGGCCUCUUCUCAUAUUCCACGAGUAGAGAAAAGAUGCAGCGAGGUGUCAGACGCGGCUGUGUCCGAUUGCAAGGAGCCGUUCUUGGAAUCGAUAACGAAGACGACACGACCUUUACAAUCACGGUGGAUGGGAAGACGUUUCAUUUCCAGGCCACAAAUUCAGUAGAACGCCAAAGGUGGAUCCAAGCCCUGGAAGAUACAAUCAAACGGCAUAGUCAAUCGCAUUUCAAGUCAUACCGAAUGGUGUCCAAGUCCGAGAUAUCCUUGGCGGCCUUCGAGAAGAGGUUAGGUGAAACCGAUAGCUAUUUGCAACUGCUACUCAAGGAAAUUGAUCAGCUCCAAUCAAAACAUGACGCCGCCGAAGAUGCGACAAUCCGAUCCAAGUAUGAGGACAUCCUGGUCAAGGCCAGAGAGAUGGCUGAGAUCACCAAGCACGCUAUUGUGCUUUUGCAGAUUGCCAAAAAUGCAAGUCUACCGGAGACGGCCCUUUCGGGUAGUCCCAAAACCAUAACUGGGUCUGAGGUGUUCCCGUCGGGUCCGUUGAUCUCGUCGAAGACCUCUGAUGUCGCUUGUAGUAAUCAUAAGAGUGGGAUGGUCGUGGACGGGAAAGAGGAUGAUAGUACUAAUACGGCACCCGAUGCCACCGAUGAUGUCGAGAUUGGCUCCGAGUGCCUUGAACCCGCCUUGAAACCUCGAAAGAGCCAACAUUCCAAGCCCUCGGAGUUGACGAAUGCUAUCCCGGCCACAUCCUACUCCAGCUCGGAAGAUGAAGAUGAAGACUUCUUUGACGCCGAGGACGAGCAAUUCAAGGAUUGUGAAGCUCAGAUGGGGCUCGCUCGCGGCGGGACCGAAGCCAAGCUCGAGCCAUUCGGUGCACCCCUAGCCCGAUCUCCCAGUUUGGAGCUCAAGGAUGUCAUCGAUUAUGAUGCCUUGUACGACGAGGACGACAGUUUAAAGGAAGACGUGGACAUGAAAAGCCACGGCUCCGUGAUCACACAUCUUCUCUCCCAAGUGCGAAUCGGGAUGGACCUCACGAAGAUCGUUCUGCCUACUUUCAUCUUGGAACGACGCUCCCUCUUGGAGAUGUAUUCAGACUUCUUUGCUCAUCCCGACCUGUUCACCGAAAUUGCGGAUGGAACUUCGCCCGCAGAUCGCAUGAUCCGCGUUCUCAAGUGGUAUUUGUCCUCGUUUCAUGCGGGGCGGAAGUCGAGUGUCGCCAAAAAGCCAUACAACCCCAUCCUGGGUGAGACAUUCCGAUGUUUUUGGAAUCUACACGAGACUGAACGAGGGGAUAAGGUGAAGACCGGGCCUUUGCCAUGGGUGGGUCAAAAUGACUUGUCAUUUGUUGCCGAGCAAGUUUCACAUCAUCCACCCAUCUCUGCUUUUUAUGCCGAGCAUCCGAAGAAACGAAUCACUGUGAAUGCCCACAUCUACACCAAGUCCAGCUUCCUCGGGAUGUCGGUUGCCGUUCACAAUGUGGGACAGGGCAAAUUGACCUUGUUAGAUCACAAGGAAGAGUACAUUUGCACAUUUCCGAGUGGUUAUGGUCGUAGUAUUCUCACCGUUCCAUGGAUCGAAUUGGGUGGCAAAGUCUCAUUAAUCUGUCCAGCCACGGGUUAUUCAGCCAACAUUGAAUUCAAAUGCAAACAAUUUUUCAGCUCCGACGUGAACAAGAUUGUGGCGGAGGUGUUGCCGCCUAAUUCGAAAAAAUCCAUCCUGCGAGUGGAAGGUGAGUGGAACGGAGCGAUGAUAGCCAAAUGGCCUAGUGGUAAGAACGAAGUGUUCAUCAAUGUGGCCCGAUUGCCCAUUUUCAAAAAGCGGUGCAAAAAAGUCAUGGAGCAAGGUGAUUACGAGUCACGGCGUCUGUGGCGAGCCGUGACCUACGGCCUCAAAGUGAAUGACAUUGAUGCGGCCACGGCGGCCAAGUAUGAGCUGGAGCAACGUCAACGGGAAGAGGCAGCAGAACGAAAGGCGUCGGGUUCCAGCUGGGAGACCAAAUUGUUCCAACCCAUUGGAGAGAAUUGGGUGUUCACCAAUCCUUUGGAGAAACGCGAACCGACGAAGCAAUGACUCCAUUUUUGCGUCACGCUCCUCCAGCUUCAUUGUUCAUUGUGCCUCUGUUCGCAUAGUUCAACUUCAAAAAUGCAGCAUUUCUCUCAAUCUUUCAAGUUCGAGUUCUUCUAUGGUUACGUCUAAAAACCUCUGCACUGAUACGAACACCGGUAUCAGAAGCACUGAGGAAACUAACAAACCAACCAACCAACCAAUCAAUCAUUAACUGCUAUUAAGUUUAUCACGAUUGAUAACGAUUAUAAUUGAAUUAGUUUUUAUAUUAGCCUAAAGAUUCAUAAACAAUAAAGCUCUUUGGACAAGA